AUGGGGGACUCUCAGAGGAGAGGACAUGGCAUCGGCAAGAACCGGCAAGAUUUGAUCAACCCAAUGACUGGCAAUCCGUACACUCCACGGUACUACGAACUGCUCAAGAGCCGCCUAAAACUGCCGAUCGCAACUUACAAGCAGAAAUUCGACGAGUUGAUGGAACGGCCCGAAGUUCCGGUAAUCUGCAUCACUGGCGAAACUGGCUGUGGGAAAUCAACGCAAGUUUCGCAAUGGUGCAUGGAUUAUGUGAAUAGAACUGCGUUGACUGGCGCUAGAAAGAUGGUGGGGCACAUUUUGCCCCGACGAGUGGCUGCGAUGACUGUUGCUCAGCGAGUAGCAGACGAAGUGGAUGUACAAAUCGGACAGCAAGUCGGCUACCACAUUAGAUUCGAAGAAAUGUUCAGCAAAAUGACGCAGCUGAAGUUUCUUACCGACGGAAUGCUUCUUCGCGAGAUCAUUUCCGACCCCUUCUUUGAGAAAUACUCGGUCAUCAUCAUGGACGAGAUUCACGAGCGAACCCUCGCCACGGACAUUCUCCUGGGCUGUUUGAAAGAGAUUCUGAGGCAGCGAGACGACUUGAAGCUGAUCGUUAUGUCGGCAACGCUCGAUGCUGGCAAGUUUUCCAAAUACUUCAACGACGCUCCUUUGAUUGCUGUUCCUGGAAAGACCUAUCCCGUCGAUAUCUUUUACGUUCCAGAGCCGGAGAAGGAUUAUGUCGAGGCAGCAGUGAGGACGGUUGUGCAGAUUCAUUUGACAGCAGAAGAACCGGGGGAUAUUCUCGUCUUUCUCACUGGAUUGGAUGAGAUCGAAGACACAUGCAAGCGGAUAAAAGAAGAAGUUGACAAAAUGGGAGACGACGUUGGAGACAUAAAAGUCUUCCCUCUCUACUCAACCCUUCCAAUCAACCAGCAAGCUAAGCUUUUCGAGAGUAGACCGCCAGAUAAAGCGAACGGCGCCAGGGCAAACGCGCAGCAACGAGCCGGAAGAGCUGGAAGGACUGGUCCUGGAAAGUGCUUCCGCUUGUUUACGGAAAAGGCGUACCAGUCGGAAAUGCAGGAUUUUGUCUACCCGGAAAUUCUGAGAUCUAACCUGGGAAGUGUUAUUUUGAAUAUGAAGAAGCUCGGAAUUGAUGAUCUUAUUCACUUUGAUUUUGUCGAUCCUCCGUCUCCGCAGUCGUUGUUUACCGCCAUGGAAACUUUGAACUAUCUUGCUGCGAUCAACGACGAUGGAGAUAUAACAGAACUUGGCUCAAUGAUGGCUGAAUUCCCACUAGAUCCUCAACUGGCAAAGAUGGUCAUCGCUUCCUGCGAGUACAACUGCAGUAACGAGAUUCUAUCCAUUUGCUGUAUGCUUACGGUUCCUCAAGUAUUCGUUCGACCGGCAGAAGCGAGAAGAGCUGCUGACGAGAGUAAAAUCCAAUUCGCGCAUCUUGAUGGCGAUCAUUUGACGCUACUCAAUGUUUAUCACGCAUUCAAGCAACAUGGGGACUCACCGCAGUGGUGUUACGAAAAUUUCAUCAAUUUCCGUUCAGUUCAAUCAGCUGAUGGAAUCAGACAACAGUUGUCCAGGAUCAUGGAUCGAUUCUCACUGCCUCGAAGGAGCUGUGAUUUUACCUCAAAGGACUAUUAUACCAAUAUUCGAAAGGCACUCGUCGCCGGCUUUUUUAUGCAAGUUGCGCAUAAGGAAAAAUCUGGUCAUUAUUUGACGAUAAAAGAUCAGCAAAUCGUUCAACUACAUCCAUCAACCUGUCUUGAUCACAAGCCAGAUUGGGUACUGUACAACGAAUUCGUUGUUACAGCCAAAAAUUACGUCAGAACAACGACCGACAUCAAGGUCGAUUGGGUCGUGGAAAUCGCCCCUGCUUACUUUCAAUCGGAAAAUCUGCCCAACUGUGAGGCUAAGAGAAUUUUGGAGAAGGUCAGAGCCAAACUCAUCGCCAGAGGUCGCCUGAAAGCGUAG